AUGGCUUUUACAAAGCAAGAAAUCCUCCAUAUCCGGGAAAACCGCGAAGAUACCAACCAUUUCCACGAAUUGGUUCAGGCUUUGGCACAAGGCAAUACGAGGCAGACAAACGGAGAUGCUGGGCAUAACCACAACGGGUACCCGACUCCCGCGACCUCCGCAGCCCAUAACGCUCUAAACCCCAUGAAUAAUUUAAACGGCAUCAACGCACAAGCUACCUACGACACCAAAUGA